AUGAAAUUACACUGUUCUCCAGUUGCAUCCUUUGCCCUCUGUCUUCUCUUAAUACAAGCAGCAACCAACAAUGUCAAUGCAUUCCCAUCACCAGGAUUGUUAGUAUCCAAUGCCACCAAAAGUCGUCUGAUGAUUCCAUUGUCGGUGGAUCAAAAACUCGGUCUCGUGGCGCCCAAUGGUGAAAAUCAGGCAGCAGCAGCAGCUCCAGCGCCACGAGGAAUUGUAUUGAAUACUUGUGUGGGAGGAUUGACUUUUGCGGGUGGUUUGAUGGGAUAUAUUACCAAGGGCAGCAAGGCAAGUUUGAUUGCUGGGAGCACCUUUGGAGGCUUGCUGAGUCUUUCGGCCUUUUUGAUUUCCCAAAAGCAAAAGGUUGGAAGUAUCAUGGGAACUGCUGUGGGAGGAAUGUUGUCGUAUGUCAUGGGAAAGAAGUUCUUGGCGUCCAAGAAAUUCAUGCCGGCAGGAUUGAUUGCCAGUUUGGGAUUGGCAACUGUGGUUUAUAAUGCGAUUGAAGCAUUUGGGGGACAAGCAGUAAAGGCUGAGAGCUUGGUUCCACUGCAAGAAGCACCCAAGGAUGAUCCUAUCGACGAACCAACAAGCACUGAAGAAAACUAA